AGAGAAUGGGAGUGUGAAAGAAAGCAGCGAAAGCUGACCUGGUUCUCUCCCGAAACCGAGUCCCGAUGCUUGUUUUUCCUUUUUUCUUUUUUGUUCGUUUCCUUUUAAAAAAGGGGAUCUUUUGGGUAAUCGAUUAGUGGGUUCUUCCAGUUCAUAUCUCCUCAUCAAUACGCGUUUCUUUUGCGUGUUGAUAUCUGUUGCUUUCUUUUUUCUCACCAUCACCAUUGUCUCCUCAACGUGGUGCUGUUGCUUAGUGUCGCCAUCGGAUCUGCAUUUGGGUCUGUGCUUGGUCGUACAUGCAGACAUUCUCUCGGAUCAAGUUCAGCAACUUCUUUACUGAUCGCAGGAGCAAAACAGAGUCUUGUUCUGGAGUGGAACUUUGCCACAACCUUAAUUGGCGAGGAGCUGUGCUAUUGAGCUUUCUGGGUCUUGUUGACCUUAGCCUGGUUAUUGUAUGCUAAGGUUGUUCAGGGUAAUGUAAUUUAGAGGAAGGGUUAACUAAAAUUGCGAGCCUGAGGGAGAGGGGUUGAAGUUAUUAGGGAAGUGAACAUGGCCUCUGCAGAAGGGAGGCGCCAUAGUCACGAUCUAGUGCCUCUUGCUGCGCUGAUCAGCAGAGAAAUGAAGAAUGAGAAAUUGGAGAAGCCCACUGUGAGGUAUGGCUGUGCUUCCCAAUCUAAGAAGGGAGAGGAUUUCUUUCUGAUAAAGACGGACUGUCAGCGGGUCCCCGGAAAUCCUUCAUCAGCAUAUUCUGUUUUCGCAGUCUUUGAUGGUCAUAAUGGAAAUGCUGCCGCCAUUUAUUCGAGGGAGCAUUUAUUAAAUCAUAUUAUCAGCGCCAUGCCUCGUGGUCUUGGACGUGAGGAUUGGCUCCAAGCUCUCCCUAGGGCGUUAGUUGCUGGAUUUGUGAAGACAGAUAAGGAAUUUCAGAGGAGAGGAGAAACCUCUGGAACAACAGCUACAUUUGUAAUUGUCGAUGGAUGGACUGUGACCGUUGCAUGUGUUGGAGAUUCUCGUUGCAUUUUGGAUGCUCAGGGGGGUGCUGUUUCUAAUCUAACUGUCGAUCAUAGACUUGAAGAUAAUGUGGAGGAGAGGGAGCGGGUCACUGCAAGUGGAGGUGAAGUUGGCAGACUAAGCAUCUUUGGUGGUGCUGAGAUUGGUCCCCUCCGCUGUUGGCCAGGUGGAUUAUGCCUUUCAAGGUCAAUAGGAGACAUGGAUGUAGGAGAAUUUAUAGUUCCAGUACCCCAUGUUAAGCAAGUGAAGUUAUCAAAUGUAGGUGGGAGACUCAUAAUUGCUUCAGAUGGUAUUUGGGACGCCCUUUCCUCCGAUAUGGCUGCAAAAUCUUGUCGUGGUGUGCCUGCAGAACUCGCUGCUAGACAAGUGGUGAAGGAAGCAUUGAGGACAAGAGGGCUGAAGGAUGACACGACAUGCAUUGUCGUUGACAUAAUUCCACCUGAUAAUUCCAUACAGCUUGCACCUCCUCCCAAAAAGCAGAACAAACUGAGAGCACUUUUAUUUAGGAGCAAGUCCAAGGGUUCUGGUAGUAAGCUGUCGAAGAAGCUGUCGGCUGUUGGCAUAGUUGAAGAACUUUUUGAAGAAGGCUCAGCGAUGCUUGCAGAAAGAUUAGGGACUGAUGAAUCCGUGGGGAAAUCCACAUCCGGUCUCUUUGUAUGCGCGGUGUGCCAAGUCGACCUUGCACCUAGCGAGGGCAUCUCUGUUCAUGCUGGUUCUAUAUUCUCGACCAGCACAAAACCCUGGCAAGGGCCUUUCCUUUGCGGCGAUUGCCGAAAUAAGAAGGACGCGAUGGAAGGAAAGCGUCCGAGCGGAGUUAAAGUGGCCUAGAUUUUGUAGCUUGCAUUAUUUUGUUCGUCUAUUCUUUUCCCCACUCCAUUCUUUUUGUCCUAAAUUCACCAUUUUUCGUAGUCCGGGCCAUUGUUUGAAUCUUAAAGUGGUAUUGACUCUAAUGUAUAUGUGAUGUCACCAAAAUAAUAUCAACCUUAGAGUAGCAUUUAAUUGAGAGUUCAUUUGUGA